AUGUGGGGGCCGUCACUGCCGACGGUGUGCGUGAACUUCCUUGCAUCCGCCACCGUCGUCUAUAGCUAUCUAGUUGUGGCAUCUCACAUGCUGCAAGAGAUCCUCGCACUACACCCAGCAGUGCGUUUGGACCAAGCCGCGACCGGGGUUUUACCCAACGACUCAGCGGUCUAUCUACGAAAACUCGUCUUUUCUAUUCCCUUUUUGUACGCAUCCGUCAACCGUGAUGCCGGUUUCGAUGCUCGCUACGCACUGCCCACGCUCCUGCUGGAUCCGGGCCGCAGUACGGUUUUGGAUCCUGUCGCACGCGUCACGGGCUCCUUAGAGGAUCUUGCCUCUCUGGUAGUUACCAUUCGCAGUCGACUUGUGUCCUUCAGCGGGCCACUGCCACACCUGCAAGCGAAUGCAUCUCAGCCCAACAUAACUCAAAUCACACCUUUAUGCGAUAACUCGUCAUCUUCCGGGGUAUCUACAUUAUGCCGUGGAGUGCAAAAUGCGACUGCUCCGACUUCCCCUGGGGCAACUGUCUUGCUACUUGCGCUUCAGACUACUGCAGGCCAGGGCUCCGGUGCGGCCGAGUAUGAGCUCGCCAUUGAUCUAAGGGGAGGCAUCAGCGGUGCGGCCGUGACGGUGCUUGUGCGGGUGCUGGUGGAUUCUGAGCGGAUUGUGCUGACAGCUGACCCGGCUGGACGGCUGGCGGUGGUGCUGCCACCCGGAGGAGCCACCAACGUGCACAUAACGAUAAAAAAUACCGGCAAUGUUGCGUCCGGGCUCUUGCAGCUUCCCCCCGUACCGCCCACAUCUUGGUUCUUUCCGCUCACACCGCUGCCACUGGCACCGCUCGCCGCCGGAGCCUCAACCACCUUGGACUUCCGGCUCCUUACUCCGGCGACGGCUCGUCUAGGUGACAUUUUCAGUGCCUCUACCGACCUUCGUAGCAGCGACAAUCGUGCUUCGGUGACCAUCUCGCUGCAGCUGGCGGUGGCUUCGGAGCCCACUGGGGAUUUGCAAGUGACGGUGGUAGAUGAAUACACCGCUUAUGACCCGGCAGAACCCAAGGUGGCCGGGGCGAGGCUCCUGGUGCGGUCACAAGAUAGCGGAGCCAUCAUUGGCAGUGGAGUGACCAACAGCAGCGGCGUCUUCACCUUCUACAACCUCACUGCGGGCUACACAUACAGUGUGGACGCCUUCAGCCCCAACCAUACCUCAACUACUCGCACAGUUACCAUUACAGGUGGUAUGCGCACAUUGCGCAUUUUCAUGUCGCGGACCGCGGUCCGCGCAUCCUUCACUGUCGUGCCGACCACCUUCCAGGAGGAAGUGCAGAUUAUAGUCAACGUGGAGUACGCAACCUUUGUGCCCAUGCCAGUGGUUCGCUUCGAGCCCGCCUUGCUGUUCACUGAGGACAUGGUCGAGAAAGGCUCUUUCACCCUUUCGGUGAUCAACACGGGAUUGGUAGCGGCAUUUAAUGCUCGAUUGAAGUUGCCAACGGAUAGCCCGAGCUUCACCUUGGGGUACCUCGGCGCACGGUGGACCAAGCUGGAAAACGUUACAACCAACGAGACUGCGGACGUCAUGAUGUAUCCUCCCGGGGAAGAGGCCGAUCAGGCUUGGUCCCAUGGGGGCUCUGUGUCGAUCGCUGAGAGCUCAAUGGUGCUCUCCAUCGGGCGACUGCCGGCCAUGAGCCAGCUGGAAAUUGACUUGGUGGUUGGGCGCAAAAUAAUUACCCCUCCACUACUGCUUGGAUCAGGAUCGCACAGGCGUAGGUCAUUGCUGCAGGACACUGGCAAGUGCUGGAGUGGAUCCGUUGAUUUGGUCUAUAGUGACCCCUGCGACGCUAGCAAGGCCUCUGUAACGGGCGGUGCCUCAAUUAUUAGCAGAGACCCACCCCCCCAGUGUGUCGCAUCUUGUUGCGCGGGUGGAGGUAUGACGGUCUACAUUCCCGCUGGAGGCGACGGACCGAGUGGUGGUGGCGCCUGGUCAGAAUAUCUAGCUAAUGCACCCGCAGGGCCGGAGCUAUGCGACGCGUGUGCUGCUGACUUGCUUGAAAUGGGUCUUUGCCUUGCAAAGGACAUCACCGAGCCAUGGAACAAACCUCUAUCCAAAACCAUUGACCUCAUCUCGGAAGUGUACGACGCAUACAAGGCGGCGGGUGGCGGUCGGCGCUUGCUUUCAUACCAGGGCCAGGAUCCUGGACAAAGCAUGCUUGACAACACGGGUAAUACUGACUACAGCAGCAGUCCUAAUGGCACUUCAAGAAAUAAGCAGCAGAAGAACGGGAAGCCACGCCGCAUUGGACCUCCUCUUAUGCUGCAUCAGUCCGCGUCAGAACGUCCUCAUGUAAACGAUGGUGGCCACACAUAUGUGGAGCCUGAAAACACCCUACACAGCAAAGUGGUUACGCAUACAGUACAAAAGCAGCAGACGACAGCCCGUCCUAUCCAGCAAGACUCGGCGUUCAAAACACAGGAAGAGAAGCAGUCAGCAAAGAUGGUGGUCCAUGCCGACCCAUUCACAAUCGCCGGUGGACCCGGUGGCGGCUUCCAGAUGCCUCCAACGACUUCCGCUGCUGCGCUGAUUGCAACGGCCAGCGGCCAGCGGCCUCGUUCUACUGACAUGCUGGGCCAAAGACGCGUCCUAGGAGUCAUAGGAACAGCUGCAGGCGGAGGGAUAAGUGGGCCUGGAUCGCUCGUUGUGGAAAUCCUAAAGGACAAGGUCGUUGGCAGCAUUCCAUACUACGGCUGCAUACUCAACCCUGCGCUUGAAUGCCUGGGCUUCUGGGACGCUGUCGAGGACAAGGUUGACAACCUCCUUGGACCUCUAGGAGGGUCUCCAGGGGGGGCCGGAGGGGGGGGCUCCUCAUCCGGGAGGCGGCGCGCCCGGAGCUUGAUGUCAGCAGGGUCUAUGGAGCAUUUGCUAAUGCCUGUUGAGGCAAUCCCAGAAGAUCCAUCACUGUCGAUACCUUUGAUAUGGAGCAACCCCCGGUUAUACAAGCGCGGCAAGGGUGUUAAUGAGGAGGGCCAUAACCUGAUGGCAUAUGGAAGCAGCAGAUCGUUACAGAGUGUCGGCGGCAGGAGGCAAUUGAUGGGCAGCAUGGCCCUCCCAAUAAGCAGAAGCACCAUACUCGAUACGCCCAGAGGCAAAGCUAUUAUCCGUUGGGCAACUGCUGCCUUGGCCUUGUACUCUGCGGGAGCUGGCAUGUGGGGUCGAGAGCAUGCUAUGACCUGGCUCACGGCGAGCUACCCUAUAGACCUGGAAGCCGAAUGGCAAGCUGCAUGGAGCAAUGCCACAUCGGAUACGUCCCCGUCUGGUGUUGUCGUGGACGGGAUACUGGAGGGCCCUGCUUUGCUAAGCGACCACUUUGCACCACUUGUGUCAAGAGAAGCGCGGGAGAUGCUCUUGUCAAGGUGGAAUUUGACCUUCACCAGUGUCGUCGCAGCUAACAGCAGUGAGGGUGUCAGCAGCAACAGCAGUAGCAGCAACAACACCGCUGUUGAGCCCAUUGACCUGGACCUGGUACACCGAGCUCAACUGCUGUACUUGAAUGAGACUCUUGCGGCGCUCCAGGAAGGCUACACAAGUGUGUUUGACGCGUUGGAUCAGAGCAUUAAUAUGGUGGUGGCAAUGCAGAUUGCUGGCUCUUCGGGCGGUGGAACUUGUGCACGUGUGGUUGUGCAGCUUAGCCAGCGGCUAGUCCUCACACGCCAAGCCUUCGAGGCAUCCCUAGUCCUCGAUAACACCGACGGCCUCAACGAGCUCACCAACGUCACAGUGCAGCUUACGGCGUGGCUCAAAGAGAACGGCACAGCUGCAGGACAGGCCUUUGCUAUCGGGCAACCAGCUAUAGAUGGUCUUGAGAGCCGCAUCGAUGACGAUGGCCUGGUUCUCCCUGCCGGGGCCUCCGGCACGUUGAGGUGGCUGCUGGUGCCUAGGGAGGCAGCAGCACUGAAGGCCGAUGUCUGGUACUACAUUGGCGGAACAGUCACUUACACUCCAGGCCCUGGGCUACCCGCGGAGGUCAUUCCUCUGGAGCCAGCUGACGUACGAGUGACCCCUGAGGGCCGACUGAAUGUCCGUUACUACAUCGAAAAAGAUGUCCAGGGCGACAACCCCUUUACCGCUGAAAUCGAGCCCGUCGUGCCGGCCGUGCUGGCAACGCUCUUGCUCAAUGUGGGUGGCGGCGUGGCGAAGGAUGUGGUGAUGGACUCCCUGCAGCCUCAGAUUAUGGACAACGAGAAGGGGCUGAUCAUCUCCUUCAGUAUCGUGGGUGUGAGCGUCAACAACGUCAAUGCGCCUCUAGCACUUCGUGCCAGUGUUGGUGAUAUACUACCUGGCAGCGCAUCUCUAGUGCAAUGGAAGCUAGCUGCUUCACUUCAGGGAUGGUUCACCGGAAUUAACGCCACUUUCAUCAGCCGCAACCCGCUAAAUGAUCCAACACUUUCCUCCAUCGCCAGCCUUUCAAUACACAACCUAUUGCACAUGGUGUACUUAGAAGGUGCUAUGGACGACAUGCUGCCGGACAUGCUGGUGAUCACCUCGGCCGGGAACGCGGCAGCCCAGGGCCUGCCCGACCAAGUCCAUAGUAGCCGGGACGGCGCCGUGCUGCCGGUAUCCGUCAUCCCUGACGUUGCUGUGUCCGUUUCAAUAAGCAUUACCCCUGGCGAGGGUGUUACCGUCACCAUACAUGUUGAUGGUCUCUUGCUAAACAAUGCCAUGGACAUGUCCACCGGCGCUGCAUUUUCUGCUGGUGCAAGCGGGACCAGUAAUGCCGUAAUAAGCGAGCUACGAUACGUGCGUGUGCCCACUCCCGUAGUCCUGCAGCCAAGCACACGAACCACGUUGUCCGCUAGCACACCGCAACCGAGCACGAAGGAGAUUAAGGUGCCGUACAACGCCUGGACGUCGUACCAGUCGUACGGUGUCACGGCUCCCAAGCAGGACUUCAUACACAUCAUUUUUGAUGGUUUUAGCUCGUCUGAGCCCCGAACCAUCCCCCCCACGGCCACCAAAGCCACCUUCACCGCCACCACCCUCACCACCAUCACCGUCGCCACCAAAGCCACCCUCACCGCCACCGCCCUCACCACCAUCACCGCCACCACCAAAGCCACCCUCACCGCCGCCACCCUCACCACCCUCACCGCCGCCACCUUCACCACCCUCGCCGCCGCCACCAAAGCCACCAUCACCGCCGCCACCAAAGCCGCCCUCACCGCCACCACCCUCACCACCUUCACCGCCGUCACCCUUACCACCCUCACCGCCGCCACCAAGGCCACCCUCGCCGCCGCCACCAAAGCCACCCUCACCGCCGCCACCAAAGCCACCCUCACCGCCGCCACCAAAGCCACCGUCGCCGCCGCCACCAAAGCCACCCUCGCCGCCGCCACCAAAGCCACCCUCACCGCCGCCACCAAAGCCACCCUCACCGCCGCCACCAAAGCCACCCUCACCGCCGCCACCCUCACCACCAUCACCGCCACCACCAAAGCCACCUUCACCGCCGCCACCAAAGCCACCGUCGCCGCCACCACCAAAGCCACCCUCACCGCCGCCACCAAGGCCACCCUCACCGCCACCACCAAAGCCACCCUCACCGCCGCCACCAAGGCCACCUUCACCGCCGCCACCAAAGCUACCGUCGCCGCCGCCACCAAAGCCACCCUCACCGCCGCCACCAAAGCCACCCUCACCGCCGCCACCCACACCGCUGCCUCCGCCGCCUUCUCCAUCGCCUGUUGUUUCAUCUGCUCGUCAAUCACAAAAGGCUAGCUCGAGUGUUAGCGACUCAGAGGAUGCGGCCAGCAGCGGCAACAGCGG